CCACAUGUACCCGUUUCGUUACUUGAGUGAGAAGGGCGGCUUGCGAGUUCCUAGAGUGAAGCUUGCAGCGUUUGCAGGAACUCUACUGGAGAAGGCUGCUCUUGCAAUUCUUUGCCUUGGCGGCGUCGAUCCUUCUCGGUAAUAUUGUUGUGGUUCGAGGAGUUGUCGGAUAAAUUGCACAGCUAUUGCUGGUGAUAGUGAAAUAUGCGUAUUCGCAAGCACCAUUCGAGAGGAAACGCAGGAGAGGAUUCCUCGUCAGGUGCGAAUCCUGAUCUCGGGAGCCAAGAACAAUCUGAUUUGGUGCUGAGCUCCAGAGGGGUGAAGGAGAAGUCAGAAGAAGAGUUCCUGAACAAUGCAGAAGUGGUGAGAGAAGGAGGGUUAGAUGAAGGAAGUGGGGCAGGCCUUGUGCCUGUCGGAAUUGAAAAGGUUGACUCUACCUCUCGCUCUCAGUUCACGUGGCUGGACAGAUUGCGGCACUCCAAAGGUUUUAUCGAAUUAGAACCGUAUUCUAAUUUAGAGGAGUUUGUUAGUUUCCUGACGAAGAAGGACGAAGGCGUUGGUUCAUCAAAAAAGGAAGCUCACAGUAAGGUAAAUGAAGAAGGCUCUCAGGAUGUGAGCCGUUUAGUUGGGGGUAUAGAUUUGAAUGCACCUGAAGAGCUUGAGAGGUACAGUUCUGGCUGUUCGGACUUAAGUUCCAAACAAGCGAGAGUUGGAACCCUUAGUCCUGCCUUAAUCUCCGGAGAUGAAAGCUCAAUUUCGGCUCCACUUGCUCAAGUAAAUGAGACAUUUUGUUCCGUCAAGGAGGUCGAAAAUUUGGAGGUUUUGUUAGCGAAAAACGAAAAUCAAAAAGUAGAGAUGCAACAUUCUCGCAGAAAACCUUCAAACUAUUGGGAGCGGGCGAGCAAUACUGCAGGGACAAGUUCUGAAAAACCACUGCCCAGCGAAAGCAAAAGAUCUGGGAUAGUAAAGGACGUACCGUGCACUAGUAUUUCACCUCAGCCUGAGAGCGAUGAAGCUAUUUUCGAGCAGUACCAUGUUAAUCCUGAAUAUUACAAAGCUUCAAUUGCUGAGUAUACAGAGCUCAGACAUGGAAUUCUUCCUCCACGCGAAGAGAAUCAGGAUACGUCUACUGAAACUACUCAACGAAGAUCUAGGAGGAACAGAAGAAUUUCAUCAUUUACUGGAUAUCUUCCACGAACCACAGCAACAAUUCUCGAAAAUCAUCCAUCUUUGUCACCAGACCACCCAUCAUUACAGAGAAGGGAGAAUAUAAUGUUUUCAGUGUAUACAGUAUGUUUGCGAGCUGGCAGGGCUGGUCUUACACCUCGGGAGAUAAUGUCUGAAAUAAGGAAGCAAGGAUUAGCUGGACUUGAGGGAGGUGCAGCUCAAUCCAGUAAGCACAUUGCGAAUCUACUGCGUAACUCCCCUUAUUACAUGGAACUUGGAGAGGGGAAGUUUGCCCUCUGCAGCUCAGUGAUAGAUGUAGAGCAGGAUAUUACUGAUCAGGGGUCACCGAUUGAGAGGGAUUCUUUGCCAAGUAGAAACUCGGAAGAAACUGAGUUUAGUACUGGAGACGAACUUCAUACUUCUACUGGUAGUGAGGACAAUGUCCCGAAAACCGGAAGAAAACGAAAGCGUGCCGUACUUGGCGCUUCCCAGCCAGAGACUGAAGUGAAGAUCAGGCCUGGAAGAAUCGGCCGUCCGAAGAAGUUGAAAUACAUCAAGCAAGAAAAUGCUGAAACUCUCGGCAACCAGUGCCACAGGAACGACGGCAAGGGCUGGGUCUGUCCCCUAUUGGCCAAACCUGGGUACCAAUUGUGUGACCAUCACCUCGACAAGCUGCGUUGCAAGCCAGGGACCAGGUCAAAGUCAAAGAAAUCUGAGAAGAUGACGGACGAGGCAGGUGUUACUCAAAUGCGUGAAGAACUACACUUGGUGGACACAGCUGGACACGAAACUGGUACUCCUUUAGAUGUUUCGACAGGCUUGGAAGGUGCCGACAACUUCUCACGUUAAUUUAAUUAGCCUAUUCCAUUCGAAGCAGCCAGGAUUUUUUUAUUUUUCAUUUACGAACACUUGGGAUUUUCAUUCUUUUUUUCUUUUUUACUUUUUUUCUUUUUUUCUUCCUCCCCUUCUACCCGUUUUCGUGCUCCAAAAAUCUCAUUAGAUUCAAUAAAAUAGUUUCCGGCACUCCUUUUCUGUGAGAUCAUUUA